AUGGCAGCACCAUCUUCGUCCUUCAAACCGCCCGUAGCGUUCCUCGACCUCGUGUCAACCUCGUCGCUCAAUUACCGCGAAUGCGCCCUGCUGGGCCUCAUGGCGCAGAUCGCCCACGAAGCGCCCGUCUCCAGCCCCACCAGCAGCAGCAGCAACCUCGCCCUCGCCGACACCACGACGACCACGCUGGAAGACUACGUCGCCACGGCGCUGCACUACGGUGCCACCGAGUCCGAGAUCCACAACGUCGUCUUCCAGUCCAGCUUCAGUGUCGGGGCCGCCCGGGCUGUCGCGGUGCGGGCGCGCGUCGAGGGCGUGCUCAAGUCGCUGCGCGGCAGGCUGCAUCAUCUGGAGAAGGAGGUGUCAGUUGGGGCCGACCAGGGCACGAGGCAUAAGACGGUGGUGCGUGACUCGGAUCCUCAGAACACGCGGGCGGUGCCUAUCGUGCUCAUUCACGCCUUGGCACUGGAUCGGAGGAUGUGGGAUGCCGUCUUUGCCAGUCUCGCGGCGAGUAAAGCGGGUGAUGGCAGUGGUGGCCAGUUGCGUGUCAUCUCCUACGACCUGCGAGGCCAUGGCUACGCGGCCCACGCUCCCUCGGCGGAGUCUCUCACCCAGCUCGCCGCCGACCUGCAGAGUCUGCUCGAGAAGCUGCGCAUCCCCAAGGCCGACGUCUACGGACAGUCCUACGGCGGCGCCGUCGCUCAGUACUUUGCGCUCAACUACCCGCAGUCCACGCGCUCGGUCGGCCUCAUCACUACCGCAGGCGAAGGCCAGCCGUCGUGGGUCACCCGGGCCACCAGGGCCGAGGAGGCCGGAUCAGUGUCACCCCUCCUCCCCGAGACGAUGAUCCGGUGGUUCACGCCCGAAGCCAUCGCGCGCAAUGAAUGGGGUGUCCGCUACGCGCGCUCGUGCGUCGAGAGGAUCUCGGUCAAGGACUGGGGCGACGCGUGGCGGUGUAUGAGCGGGCUAGACACGUUGGAUCGGUUGGAGAGCGGCGGCAUCAAAUGUCCCGUGCUGUUGGUCUGCGGGGUGCAGGAUCUGAGCACAGGGCCCAAGUGGAUGACUCGGCUGAAGGAGGCGUGUGAGAAGGGCGGCAGCAGCCUGGUCGUGUAUAAGGAGGUUGAUCCGGGGGUGCAUAUGAUGGCGCUAGAGCAGGGCGAGGCGUUGACCAAGGAGAUCUUGGAGUUUCGGCAGAGGGUGGAUAGUGAGGGACUGUAG